AUGUCCGAUAAAGUUAUAAUUGAAAGAUUUUUUAUUAAAACAAACGUUAACGCUAUUAAAGUUUUAAAAAAUGUGAUUUUAAUCGGUACCGGGGGAUUUUUGAUUAUUUAUAACCGUAAUUAUGAAAAAGUUGUAUCAAAAACUUUUAUUUUUGAUGAAACAAUAACCGGGAUUGAUUUUGAUGAUGAUCAAAUUUUAAUUUACGCUGAGAAUGUUCUUGGGGCAUUUAAAUUAAAAGGAAAUUCCGAAAUUGUUGAGUUAAAUCGUUUCUAUUACAACGAUUGGAUCCUCACAUCAAAAUUUAUUGAAAAUGGGAUUGUUUUUGUUUCAAUCCAUAGUGAGGCAAUAAAUUUAGAUCGAAAUUUGAAUGUUUUAACCAUAUCCAAAUCAACGGAAAUUUGUACUUGUUAUUGUGCUCAUAUUAUCAACAAAAAAUGGGAUGAUUUAUUUGUUUUAAGUGGAACGGCGUUUAGCGAAAUUUUUAUUUGGAUGCCUUCAAUGAAAAACAAAGAUAAAUGUCAAGUUUUAUAUAAAAUCGUAGGUCAUAAAGGUGUUAUUUUUUCUAUUGAUUACUCAGAAAAAUUGGGGUUAAUUUGUUCGACUUCUGAUGAUGGGAAGGCAAUGAUUUGGAAUGCCAAAGAUUUUUUUAUUAAUAACAACACAAAAAAUGAAAUAAAAUGUGUUAAAGAACUUCAACAUCAACAAAGAGUGUUUAAAGGAAAAUUUUUUAAUAGUCACUUAAUAACAACCCUCGAAGAUAGUACAAUUAAGAUUUGGGACUCAAAUUUUAAAAAUAAAACGAGUUCUCAUCAAAUUGGCCCAAUUUGGAGCUUAGAUUUUUGUGGUGAAAAGAAUUUAGUGUUUACCGGUGGUGCGGAUGGUGGGGUUAUAUCGACCCCAAUAAAUCUUGAAUUAGAUUUGAAUAAAUCAAACAAAAUUUUUAGUGUUAACAACAAAAAUCGAUAUAAAGAUUUCGUUGUUUUAAACCACAAAAUCGGAGUUGGGAUAACAAACAUUGGUGAAUUUAAUUUAAUUAAUACUCACGAUUUAAUUGAAAAGCAUGAUGAUUUAAAUUCUUAUUGUUUAAUUAGAAAAUCGCCUUGUAAACAAUUAAUUUGUUUGGCUGGAAUGCAUGGGAAUCUUCAUUUAUAUCAAUUAAAAGAUGAUAAAAUCAUUUACAAGAUUUCUUGUAACAUUAAACAUAACCCCAAAAUUUUUUCAUUGCAUUGGUUAUCAUGUAAAUCGUUUUUGGUGUGUUUAAACGAUGGGGUUUUAAUUUUAUGGUAUUUUAAUAAUAAGGAGUUAAUUCCAAUGCAAUUUUUUCAACUCCCCCCAAUGAAAGAGAGGUGGUCAACAUCUGCAACGUUUUGUGGGGAUAAUUUAAUCGUUGGAGAUCGGAAAGGAAAUUUGUGCAUAUUUGGGAUGGAAAGUGGACAUCUUAAAGAAGUUUUGAAGAAAAUUCAACCUAAUGGGGUUACUCAGUUAUAUUUUAAUCAACAAAAAGAAGAAUUAAUUGUUUUAGGU